AUGAACUCUGUCACAAACACUACUGAAGGAAACACUCAAACAACUGAAGAAAACACUGAAACACAGUCACAAACUGCUGAAAGAGGUUCAGGACAAGCAGAUAAUGUAGAUCAAAUCACUACAUCACAAGGUGAAGAUAAGGGGGAUGAAUCAAAUGUUGAUGGAUCAAGAAAGAGAAAAAAAUCUUUAGCUUGGUUACAUUUUGAGAAGUUGCCUCCAGAGCAGUGGAAAAAUGGAGAACCAAGGGCAAAGUGCAAGUAUUGCCCAACAACAAUUGCUUGCCAUCCUACCACACAUGAGACAGGUGGACUUGUUAAACAUUUACAGAGGUGUCCUAGAAAUCCCCAUAGGGCUAACAAGUUGAAGCAAUCCAUGUUCUCAAUAGGGGCUGGUGGUAAAAGUUUGACUCAUCAUGUCUUUAGUCAAGACUUGUGUAGGAGAGCUCUAGUCAAAUUUUUAAUAUUGGGAGAACUGCCUUUUCGAAUAGUGGAGGGUGAAGGUUUUAAAGAGCUAUUAAAGACACUAGAACCUCGCUUUCAAAUUCCCUCAAGAGCAACAGUAAAUAGGGAUUGUUUAAAGCUGUAUUAUGAAGAAGCAAGAAGGUUGAAAAGGUAUUUUAAAGCUUUAAAUGCUCGUGUUUCUCUUACCACUGAUACAUGGACUUCCAAUCAGAAUACCAACUAUACGUGUCUAAUUGCUCACUGGAUUGAUGAUCGUUGGGCUUACCAAAGGCGAAUCUUGAAUUUUUGCGUGGUUGAAAACCAUAAAGGUGAUACUAUUGCAGCAGAGAUUGAGAGAUGCUUGUUAUUCUGGGGCAUUGAUAAGUUGUUUACUAUAACAGUGGAUAAUGCUUCUUCAAAUGACAUUGCAAUAUCAACUUUGAGAGAUGUGUUGAAACAUUGGAAUGGUCUAGUAUGUGAUGGGGAGUUCUUGCACUUGCGUUGUUGUGCACAUAUUCUUAAUCUUAUUGUUUCUGAUGGUGUGAAGGAGAUGCAUAAGUGUAUUGAAGCCAUUCGGAAUGCUAUUAAAUAUGUAAGAUCCUCACCUGCAAGGUUUCGUAAGUUUAAGGAUCUAGUGGAAAAAAUGAAAAUUGAUUCGAAGAGUCUAUUAAGCAUGGAUUGCCUAAUAAGGUGGAAUUCAACCUACAUGAUGCUGGAAAAUGCUAUUAAAUUUAGCAGUGUUUUUGAAAGAAUGGCAAAAGAAGAUAGGGAUUACACAAACCACUUCUUGGAGAAGAAUUUAAUUGGUCCUCCUGAUGCAUUUGAUUUGAGACAAGCUAAAGUCUUCUGUAGCUUCUUGCAAGAGUUCCAUGACAUCACAUUGCAAUUUUCUGGAUCAACCACUAUCACCUCAAAUAUAUGCUUCCAAAAUAUAGUUGAUGUGUUUACCAUUCUAAAUGAACAUGCAGAGGAUCCUAAUUCUUUGCUAUGUGAGAUGGCUAUGAGGAUGAAGAUUAAGUAUGAUAAGUAUUGGGGUGACUUGCAAACUCUUAACCCUCUUUUGGUGAUAGCAGUGGUACUUGACCCAAGGUAUAAAAUGAAAUAUCUCACCUUUGCUGUUGAGGAGAUGUUUCAAAGCCAAGCACAACGUGAACACAUGUCAAAAAUAGUCUCAACUGUCUUGUAUCAGUUGUAUGAUUGUUAUUCGAGUGGGCUUGACACAUCUCAGUUUCAUAUGCAAAUUCAAAGGCAAAGGAAUAGACCAGCUGUAAGUGAAACUACUAGUGCAUCUACCUGUGCUUCAGAACAAUCAGGCUCAAUUAUAACUUCUGUGCAUCCUAAGCGAUCAGCUCGGAGGUUUGUUGCCCGAUUUGAGACUGAGACUCAAUCAGACAAGUAUGCAGAGGUGGAGAAGUAUUUGCAAUCUGAGUUAGUUGAAGCACAUGAGCUUGACUUUGAUAUUUUGGCCUGGUGGAACCUUAAUGCUAUGAAGUACAAAGUCCUUUCAAUGAUUGCACGUGAUGUUUUACCCAUGCCCGUGUCUACCGUGUCUUCAGAAUCUGCAUUUAGCACGGGGGGUCGUGUGAUCGAUGACUUCAGGAGUUCUUUAUCCUCAAAAAUGGUUGAGGCAUUAAUUUGUACACAAAAUUGGCUAUCUCCAUCAACAGUGAAGCUGAAAGGACUAGACAUUGAUGACUUCAAUGAAACUGAGAUUGCAGCACAAGUUGGUUCUGUUUUGACCAAUGACCAGCACCUUGAAGAUGAUGACAGGGAAGGGAAUAGGGGUCGGUUGAUUUGCUGGUGA